AGUGGGAGGGACGAAGUGAAAGAGAGGCACGCAAACACUUUGCAUCAUAAUUCUAGAAAGAUCCACAGCUGACUGGACUGGCAGGGGCUGUUGGUGUAUUUAAGUGCGCAGACAGAAGAGGCAGCAGGUUUUCUGAGGAUUGGCAGUGCUUUGAGGGCCCUGAGACAAAAUGGACAUCACCAUCCAGCAUCCCUGGGUCCGCCGCUCCUUCUGGCCAUCCUUCUUUCCAAGCCGGAUGUUUGACCAGCACUUUGGGGAACACAUGUCUGAGAGUGACAUGAUUCCCUCGCUCAACUACCAUCGGCCUUCCUUCUUCCGUUGGCCAAGCUGGUUGGAGAGUGGCAUUUCUGAGAUGAAAAUGGAAAAGGAUCGUUUCUCUGUAAAUCUGGAUGUCAAGCACUUCACACCAGAGGAACUCUCCGUGAAAAUCACUGGAGAUUACAUUGAAAUUCAUGCUAAACAUGAGGAUCGACAAGACGAUCAUGGUUUUGUCUCACGAGAAUUCCAAAGAAAAUAUCGUCUUCCUGCUGGUGUGGAUCCGACCUCUGUCACCUCCUCCUUGUCUUCCGACGGCGUUCUGACGGUGACGAUACCACGCAAGCAAUCGGACGACCCCGAGCGCACCAUUCCUAUCACCUACGAUGACAAGCCCGCCGUUUCCGGGCCUCAGAAGAAGUAAAGCUGCCAGACUGCUAACGUCGCAACUUUAUAUUUUUUGUCUUUCCCACUUGUUGUACCACAGUGCUUCUGCCUAAUCUAUCAUCCAUUGCUCAGUAUUACCAGGAUACAGGCAAAUAUAUCUUCCUCAGUUGUUACAGACAACCCUAUUGGUUAAGUUGUCUUUGCUAUAUAGAAGUUUAGGAAGAAAUGGUUAUUAACUACACUAGUUGAGGUGGCAUAGGUGACAACCUCCAAGUGAUUGUUAUCUAAACCUUUUUUUGCAAAUAAACUGUCACAAUGAA